UGACAAGUUACAGCAGCAGCAGAGUUCGCCAUUUUGGAAGGCAGCUUUGUUCGUACACUACAAAAGUACAGAUAAAACAUCGUUUUUACCUGUUCGUUUUUUGGGGUACAUCAAUCGAUAGAUAAAGUGAGGACAGCUGAUUUAAUCUGUAAUACUAGAAUAUAAACGAUAUAUUAUCUGUUCAACAUUAUCUAGCUAGCCUUCACGUUUCGUCGACGAACCAGAAAGCUAGCGUUAGUCAGCUGGCUAGCCAAUGUACAGAUAGCUAGUUAUGUCUCUUUUUUUCCUGAAAAUUGUUGUUGUUGACGCUAGCAUUUAUCAGAUACAUGUUGCUGACGUUAUCUGAAGAAGUUAGUCUAGCAGCUAGAUAGGUUUCACUUGGAUGGUUGUUAUUAAUUUAGCUAGCAAGCUAACGUUAGGUACGUUAAGGUAGCUAGCAUAGAACAAAGACACCAGUCGGUGUCUGUAGAGGAUCAAUUGACCAUGUUUAGUUACUGGUGUAUGGUUGAAUUCACUUAAUGUCAUCUAGAAGAUUAACUAGCUAGCUAUAUGCAGAUUGGAAUUAUUUGUACAGUUUGUGGGCACUGCAGAUAGCCAUGUAACGUUAGCUAGUUUUAGCUAUUAAUGUGAACAUUUAUCACUGUUGUGUGGCAGAUGCGACAGGCAAAGCGAAUGCGUUCCCCUGGCGUUUGGCUCAGUGAGUUCACCUGGGUGGAGAGCCGAAAGCGCCAGAAGCGAGAUGAUUCGAAUAGCAGUGUGAGGGAGAAUAAAUCUCGAAGACGUCAACACCACCUCAAAACAUAUGAAGGGUAAAUAUUCUGACCCCAUUUCACCCACUUCCCCCUGUCUGUCAUCCGUUUGAAUGUAGUGGCCAACAUAACUAUUAGAGGCCCCACCCAUCCACAAGCAACCCCUAGAUCUCUCCCUUUUUACAUCCAAUGUCUGGUAAUUUGUCUUGCUUCAAUUCGUUUGGUAGGGUCCCGCAGCUAUACACAUGCCAAAUGUUUUCACAGCAAUAUAUUAAUGUGGUGAGGACAACCUAUCAUCUUAUAAAUAACGAGUGAAAUCCAAGCUCACAGUAUAUUUUAGGCCAAAGUUUAUUUCAGGAUAAUCUGCCUCUUUCCCUGCCCUUGACAGACGUGGUCACAAUUCAUUUUCGAAGUUUGAACUCUUUAUUAUGGGUAGUCACUGUCAAUGGACAAUAUAUCACUGUAUGUUUUAUUGCUGGAAGGUAAAACCGUGUCUGGUUCCUGUGUCCGUCUCUGUUUGAGCUUGUGCUUUGUGAGAGAUUGAGGUUUAUGGUGGAAUUUUCCAGGACAGGGCGGGAAGCUCUAAUAAUAAGUCCCCCAGCAACGCAGACCUUUUCCUGGAAGAGACCUGAUACCAUCAUUUACAUUUACAUUACAUUUUAGUCAUUUAGCAGACGCUCUUAACCAGAGCGACUUACAGGAGCAAUUAGGGUUAAGUGCCUUGCUCAAGGGCACAUUAACGUCAUUUAGCAGACGCUCUUAGCCAGAGCGACUCACAAAUUGGUGCGUUCACCCUAUAGCCAGUGGGAUAACCACUUUACAAUUUGGGGGGGGGGGGGGGGGUUAGAAGGAAUACUUUAUCCUAUCCCAGGUAUUCCUUAAAGAGGUGGGGUUUCAAAUGUCUCCGGAAGGUGGUGAGUGACUCCGCUGUCCUGGCGUCGUGAGGGAGCUUGUUCCACCAUUGGGGUGCCAGAGCAGCGAACAGUUUUUGACUGGGCUGAGCGGGAGCUGUGCUUCCGCAGAGGAAGGGGAGCCAGCAGGCCAGAGGUGGAUGAACGCAAUGUCCUCGUUUGGGUGUAGGGACUGAUCAGACCCUGAAGGUACAGAGGUGCCGUUCCCCUCACUGCUCCAUAGGCAAGCACCAUGGUCUUGUAGCGGAUGCGAGCUUCAACUGGAAGCCAGUGGAGUGUGCGGAGGAGGGGGGUGACGUGAGAGAACUUGGGAAGGUUGAACACCAGACGGGCUGCGGCAUUCUGGAUGAGUUGUAGGGGUUUAAUGGCACAGGCAGGGAGCCCAGCCAACAGCGAGUUGCAGUAGUCCAGACGGGAGAUGACAAGUGCCUGGACCAGGACCUGCGCCGCUUCCUGUGUAAGGCAGGGUCGCACUCUCCGAAUGUUGUAGAGCAUGAACCUGCAGGAGCGGGUCACCGCCUUGAUGUUGGCGGAGAACGACAGGGUGUUGUCCAGGGUCACGCCUAGGCUCUUCGCACUCUGGGAGGAGGACACAGCGGAGUUGUCAACCGUGAUGGCGAGAUCAUGGAACGGGCAGUCCUUCCCCGGGAGGAAGAGCAGCUCCGUCUUGCCAGGGUUCAGCUUGAGGUGGUGAUCCGUCAUCCAUACUGAUAUGUCUGCCAGACAUGCAGAGAUGCGAUUCGCCACCUGGUUAUCAGAAGGGGGAAAGGAGAAGAUUAGUUGUGUAUCGUCAGCGUAGCAAUGAUAGGAGAGACCAUGUGAGGAUAUGACAGAGCCAAGUGACUUGGUGUAUAGGGAGAAAAGGAGAGGGCCCAGAACCGAUCCCUGGGGGACACCAGUGGUGAGAGCACGUGGUGCGGAGACAGCUUCCCGCCACGCCACUUGGUAGGAGCGACCGGUCAGGUAGGACGCAAUCCAGGAGUGAGCCGCGCCGGAGAUGCCCAUCUCGGAGAGGGUGGAGAGGAGGAUCUGAUGGUUCACAGUAUCAAAGGCAGCAGACAGGUCUAGAAGGACAAGAGCAGAGGAGAGAGAGUUAGCUUUAGCAGUGCGGAGAGUCUCCGUGACACAGAGAAGAGCAGUCUCAGUUGAAUGACCAGUCCUGAAACCUGAUUGGUUUGGAUCAAGAAGGUCAUUCUGAGAGAGAUAGCAAGAGAGUUGGCUAAAGACGGCACGCUCAAUAGUUUUGGAAAGAAAAGAAAGAAGGGAUACUGGUCUGUAGUUGUUGACAUCAGUGGGGUCGAGUGUUGGUUUUUUGAGGAGGGGAGCAACUCUCGCUCUCUUGAAGACGGAAGGGACAUGGCCAGCGGUCAAGGAUGAGUUGAUCAGCGAGGUGAGGUAGGGGAGAAGGUCACCGGAGAUGGUCUGGAGAAGGGAGGAGGGGAUGGGGUCAAGCGGGCAGGUUGUUGGGCGGCCUGCAGUCACAAGUCGCAGGAUUUUAUCUGGAGAGAGAGGGGAGAAAGAAGUCAAAGCAUAGGGUAGGGCAGUGUGAGCAGGACCAGCAGUGUUAUUAGACUUAACAAACGAGGAUCGGAUGUCGUCAACCUUCUUUUCAAAGUGGUUGACGAAGUCAUCCACAGAGAGAGAGGAGGUGGGGGGGGGGGGAGGAGGAUUCAGGAGGGAGGAAAAUGUGGCAAAGAGCUUCCUAGGGUUAGAGGCAGAUGCUUGGAAUUUAGAGUGGUAGAAGGUGGCCUUAGCAGCAGAAACAGAUGAAGAAAAUGUAGAGAGGAGGGAGUGAAAAGAUGCCAGGUCGGUAGGGAGUUUAGUUUUCUUCCAUUUCCUCUCCGCUGCCCGGAGCUCUGUUCUGUGAGCUCGCAGUGAGUCAUCAAGCCACGGAGCUGGGGGGGAGGACCGAGCCGGCCGGGAGGAUAGGGGACACAGAGAGUCAAAGGAUGCAGAAAGGGAGGAGAGGAGGGUUGAGGAGGCAGAAUCAGGAGAUUGGAGGGAGAAGGAUUGAGCAGAGGGAAGAGAUGAUAGGAUGGAAGAGGAGAGAGUAGUGGGAGAGAGAGAGCGAAGGUUGCGGCGGCGCAUUACCAUCUGUGUAGGGGCAGAGUGAGUAGUGUGGGAGGAGAGCGAGAGAGAAAAGGAAACAAAGUAGUGGUCGGAGACUUGGAGGGGAGUUGCAGUGAGAUUAGUAGAGGAGCAGCAUCUGGUGAAGAUGAGGUCAAGCGUAUUGCCUGCCUUGUGAGUAGGGGGGGACGGUGAGAGGGUGAGGUCAAAAGAGGAGAGGAGUGGAAAGAAGGAGGCAGAGAGAAAUGAGUCAAACGUGGACAUAGGGAGGUUGAAAUCCCCCAAAACUGUGAGGGGUGAGCCAUCCUCAGGAAAGGAACUUAUCAAGGCGUCAAGCUCGUUAAUGAACUCUCCAAGGGAACCUGGAGGGCGAUAGAUGACAAGGAUAUUAAGCUUAAAUGGGUUAGUGACUGUGACAGCAUGGAAUUCAAAUGAGGAGAUAGACAGAUGGGUUAGGGGAAAAAUUGAGAAUGUCCACUUGGGAGAGAUGAGGAUUCCUGUACCACCACCCCUCUGACCAGAUGCUCUCGGGGUAUGCGAGAACACAUGGUCAGACGAGGAGAGAGCAGUAGGAGUAGCCGUGUUUUCAGUGGUGAUCCAUGUUUCCGUCAGCGCCAGGAAGUCGAGGGACUGGAGGUUGGCAUAGGCUGGGAUGAAGUCAGCUUUGUUGGCAGCAGAACGGCAGUUCCAGAGGCUGCCUGCGACCUGGAACUCCAGGUGAGGGGUGCGAGCAGGGACCACCAGGUUGGAGAGGCAGCAGCCGCGCGGUGUUGUGCGUUGUUUGUGUAGCCUGCGCAGAGAGGAGAGAACAGGGAUAGGCAGAGGCAUAGUUGACAGGCUGUAGCAAAUGGCUACAAAAAUGCAGAGGAGAUCGGAAUGAAAUGAGCUAAGCAUCUGGGAGAGGAGAGAGGGGGGCCUCCCUCACCAAAAACUUCUACCUCAGAAACUAAAAUUGUUUCACUGAACAGUUGUUCAAUGUUUAAAGGAAUAAACUCAAACCCACUUUAUUCAGCUAGCCAACUAUGACACCAUAGCUGACUAGCAUGCUAGCAUCCAAUAACACACAGUUUAACACACAGUUAAGCACAAAUACUCACAACAAACCACCAAUAGUGUGUUAACUAGCUAACCAGCAUGCCAGCAUCCAGUAACACACAGCCAAGCACAAACACUUGGUCACAGCAAACCACCAAUAGUGUGAUAACACACUAAACAGAUCAUUCGUGUCUGUGUCAAGUUCCUUUCAUGGCGCAGCAAUGAUUCAACAUUGGCUAGCUAGGACAAGUAUAUUGUAAUUAGCUGCUACCGUACCGUCCGCUGGUCGUGCUGGGUAGCUAGGUCGUGCUGGGUAGCUAGCAAUGGCCACUGUGUUGGCUUUGUUUUAAGAACGGCUAGCUAGCUAGCUUCGUGCUACACCCGGCACACAAUGGCUACUGUGUUGACUCUGACUCUGUUCGAAAAAAACGGCUAAUUAGCUCGCUUCGUGCUACAGCCGGCACGGCGGAAGACACUGCCAAGACACAGUAGCUACCCACGAUACCUAGCUAUGACGCCGUAGCUGACUAGCAAGAUAGCAUCCAUUAACACACAAUUAGCACCAAUACUUGGUUACAACAAACUGCCAAGAGUGUGUUAGCACACUAAACAGAUGAUUCAUGUCCGUGUCUAGUUCCUUACAUAACGCAGAACGCAGCAAAAAAUUAAACGUUGGCUAGAAGCACAUUUAACAGUGGGAACAGCUAAUCGUGUUACCAGUAGCUACCCGCUAGCUAGCUAGCCUCGUGCUUCGAUACUAACCUACAAUAGCCUACGGAAACCUACAAUAACAACAAUACUACAACAACAACUAUACUAACCUAUAAUAAUAAAUACAAUACCAAACUACACUAACUACCAACCUACGAUCUAAUGCAUGGUUAAGCUAUACUCAACACCAAAUGAGAAGUUUGCUUACCUCCAGCUAGAGAGCUAGCUAGCCUCGAGCUUCAAUACUAGCCUACAAUAACCUACGGAAACCUACAAUAACAACAAUACUACAAUACUACAAUACUAACCUAUAAUAAAUACAAUACCUAACUACAACUAACUACCAACCUACGAUCUAAUGCAUGGUUAAGCUAUACUCAACACCAAAUGAGAAGUUUGCUUACCUCCAGCUAGAGAGCUAGAGAGCUAGAGAAAAACACGUCCUCUCCCGACUGCUGCUCACAAUCAUUUCAUGGCUCUCUCUGACUGUGGGGCUCUGGAGGUCCAGACUCCGAUCACAUUUCUCUGCUGAAAGGGCUUCACGGAUUCCUCACUGAGCCAAAUCAACUGUCGUAGCGGACACCUGUGCUUUAGAUUUGCGUGCGUUGGUGUGAGGGAGGUAGAGGGUAGAGGGGGAUGCUGCAGGAGACAGAGAGGAGGGGGGAAGGGGGGGGGGGGUGCUUGAGCAAGCUGGCUGCUCAUAUUUAUGAUCUAUUCAUGUGAAAUGUUGCUACAUGAUCUGUUCUAACAGCUCUUGAGACAUAUUGUCUGUCCAGUUUGUUGCAUCAGUUUACCCCCAAAACUAGGAAUAUACACUAUGCUGUCACAUCAAGAACCCUGGAGUGACGAUGUUGCACUCUGUAGUCGUAAAUAAGCUUGUUACUAAUUUAAAAUGUUAUAUAUUAAGCCCCUUGGGAUAGGGUGUCGGUGAAGGCAUAGGUCCCGGCCAUUAGAACCAAGCAGUGGCUAUGUAGGCAGGAGAAGGAGUCAGUCAUUUAACUGUGGUGUUGUUUCUCCCUUCCAGGCACUACCUGGAGACCCACAGCCUGAACCAGCAGAGGAUAGAGUCUAAGGACAGGAGGGGCAGAGAAGCCAGCCUGGAGAUGGGCUACGACGAGGACAGCAGGGCUGCCGCCUCCAGGGAUAGAGACAGAGACCGCGAGAGGGAGAAGGACAAGGAGUGGCACCACUACAGCAAGUCAUCCGGGCGGAGCGGCAAGAGUGUCCGCAGUAGCCGCCGAGGGCGGAGACGCAGCCCUUCUCAUCAACGCUCCUCUUACUCGGUAUGAGAACGUCCUACACGCUCUUCUGUCCUUUCCAACCAACCCCCUAGAUGGUUAUUAGUGGUGUUAGCUUUUCUUUAUGUCUAUCUUUCUCAAUAUGUACCACAGUGAAAAACAGAUGAGUUAGAAUUAUGGAUCCAAUGUUAGUACCAAAAUUCACUGAAUACGAUCUAGGCAUAACUGUAGCAGACUAGGCGCAAACACCUUAACGAGGCUUCAAUAAGAAUAGUCAAGGGAAGCUUUAUAUGUAUCAUUAGCAGUCAGAAGAUGACCUAGAACUGUAACUUGAAAGACACAAAUUCAUAUUAGCCUAUUCUACUAGACUGAUGGUUGAUAAUGUUUUGUACCGCUUACUUUGAGAAAGUCUCUCACAUGAACCUUGUUGUUGCCAUGUUUCUCUUCUGUAACACCCACUAUGUGGUGACGCCCCCAUUGCCUUUCUCUGGUGGGGCUGAAUUUGAAUGUGCUGCUCCCGCUGUGGUCCGCUGGCGCUGCCUGGUUCGCAACCCACCCACUCUGAAUGGGCCGAUCCAUCCGAAAUCUCACCCCCACGUCCGAUCCCCCCCUCUGCCCGCUGAAUGAAUGAAUGGCACGUUCCGUCCCGUUGUGGUGGCCUGGCCUGAUGAUGGUGUUCUCUCUGGGUCCAUGAUGGUGGUUGAUGAUGGUGGUGAUGGUGGUGAUGGGACAACAGAGGAGCCAUCAUCGCAGGAGCAGGAAAAGAUCCAGGAGUGUUGAGGAUGAUGACGAGGGUCACCUGAUCUAUCACAGGGGAGACAUGCUGAGAGCCAGAUGUAUAGAAUAUAUCCCUUUUUUCUCUCUGUCAACUAGCUAUCUGUUUUGUUGUUGUUUUUUGAUAUGGUGUACUGUUGCAAAAUAAUAUUAUACUGUAUACACUUGUAUUUGGGCGGGUAGGGUUUAUCAUUGUAUUGUUAAAUGUGGAUUAGUAUUACACCUCGCUACAUAUCAUUAUUAGUGUGAUGUGUGUAUUGUGUUCGGUUGGCUUGGAGCCCUGUCCUGUUCUAGUUGCAGACAGUAUAAUGCUAAAUCCAUAUCAAACAAAGCAGCUAGGCAGCCAUUUUGUGGCAUAUCAUCUGGGAUGGUAGUGGAUGCCAGUCAUCACUCCUCUGGUUCUAACUAGUGCUCUUUAUUCCCUGUAGAUGAGAUUGUGUCCACUCUAGGAGAAGGAGCCUUUGGGAAAGUUGUGGAAUGCAUCGAUCACUCGAAGUAAGUCGCUCAAUGGAAACGUCUGGAUGUCACGGUGACUAUGCUACUCCCCCCCCCCCCCCCCCCCCCCCUUUUUUGUUUGUUAACUUUUUAGCACCUACAGUGUGCUCUCAUUCUCAUCUGAAAGCCUCUCCCUCUCUAACAGUUGGAUAUGUGUGUCUUGUCUGUGAUUCCAGAAUUGGUGCUCGCGUGGCACUGAAGAUCAUUAAAAACAUUGACCGCUACCGCGAGGCGGCCAUGGCUGAGGUGGAGGUGCUGGAGCAGAUGAACUCUCUGGACUGUGACCGGAGAUAGUAAGUCACACAUGUUAUUAGAAGGAGCCCCAUACAUUAGCAGAAAUCACCUAGGCUUUCCAUUACGAGGAUGAGGAGCAGUCUCACAUGCAGUAGUUAGCUAUCUGCCGGGCUUACACUUUAAUUAUGGACUAUAACUUAAAUAUCUCACCUUAAUGAUUAAAUAUCAGUGUAUAUCAUCAAUAUCAGACACCAUUGGUUGUCUUGCCUAGCUACAGUUGAAGUCUGAAAUUUACAUACACUUAGGUUGGAGUCAUUAAAACUCGUUUUUCAACCACUCCACACAUUUCUUGUUAACAAACUAUAGUUUUGGCAAGUUGGUUAGGACAUCUACUUUGUGCAUGACACAAGCAAUUUUUCCAACAAUUGUUUACAGGCAGAUGAUUUCACUUAUAAUUCACUGUAUCACAAUUCCAGUGGGUCAGAAGUUUACAUACACUAAGUUGACUGUGCCUUUAAACAGCUUGGAAAAUUCCUGAAAAUUAUGUUAUGACUUUAGAAGCUUCUGAUAGGCUAAUUGACAUCAUUUGAGUCAAUUGGAGGUGUACCUGUGGAUGUAUUUCAAGGCCUACCUUCAAACUCAGUACCUCUUUGCUUGACAUCAUGGGAAAAUCCAAAGAAAUCAGCCAAAAAAAAUGGUGACCUCCACAAGUCUGGUUCAUCCUUGGGAGCAAUUUCCAAACGCCUGAAGGUACCACGUUCAUCAGUAGAAACAAUAGUACGCAAGUAUAAACACAAUGGGACCACGUAGCCGUCAUACCGCUCAGGAAGGAGACACGUUCUGUCUCCUAGAGAUGAACGUACUUUGGUGCGAUAAGUACAAAUCAAUCCCAGAACAACAGCAAAGGACCUUGUGAAGAUGCUGGAGGAAACAGGUACAAAAGUAUCUAUAUCCACAGUGAAACGAGUACUAUAUCGACAUAACCUGAAAGGCCGCUCAGCAAGGAAGAAGCCACUGCUCCAAAACCGCCAUAAAAAAGACAGACUACGGUUUGCAACUGCACAUGGAGACAAAGAUUGUACUUUUUGGAGAAAUGUCCUCUGGUCUGAUGAAACAAAAAUAGAACUAACUGUUUGGCCAUAAUGACCAUCGUUAUGUUUGGAGGAAAAAGGGGGAUGCUUGCAAGCCGAAGAACACCAUCCCAACCGUGAAUCACGGGGGUGGCAGCAUCAUGCUGUGGGGGUGCUUUGCUGCAGGAGGGACUGGUGCACUUCACAAAAUAGAUGGCAUCAUGAGGAAGGAACAUUAUGUGGAUAUAUUCAAGCAACAUCUCAAGACAUCAGUCAAGAAGUUAUAGCUUGGUCGCAAAUGGGUCUUCCAAAUGGACAAUGACCCCAAGCAUACUUCCAAAAUUGUGGCAAAAUUGCUUAAGGACAACAAAUUCAAGGUAUUGGAGUGGCCAUCACAAAGCCCUGACCUCAAUCCUAUAGAAAAUGUGUGAGCAGAACUGAAAAAGCGUGUGCGAGCAAGGAGGCCUACAAACCUGACUCAGUUACACCAGCUCUGUCAGGGGGAAUGGGCCAAAAUUCACCCAACUUAUUGUGGGAAGCUUGUGGAAGGCUACCCGAAACGUUUGACCCAAGUUAAAACAAUUUAAAGGCAAUGCUACCAAAUACUAAUUGAGUGUAUGUAAACUUCUGACCCACUGGGAAUGUGAUGAAAGAAAUAAAAGCUGAAAGAAAUCAUUCUCUACUAUUAUUCUGAAAUGUCACAUUUUUAAAAUAAAGUGGUCAUCCUAACUGACCUAAGACAGGGAAUUUUUACUAGGAUUAAAUGUCAGAAUUGUGAGAAACUGAGUUUAAAUGUAUUUGGCUAAGGUGUAUGUAAACUUCCGCCUUCAACUGUACCUAAAGAUGAAUGCACUAACUGUAAUUAGCUCUGAAUAAGUGUCUGUUAAAUGACUGAAAUGUAAAUCCCUCCUUUGUCUCCCUCCCCCUCUCUCUCCCCUCCCUUUCUUUCUUUCCUCCCUCUCUCUCUUCCCCCCUCCUCCACCUCUCCUCCUCCAUAUCAGUGGAUGUGUGAGGAUGCUGGACUGGUUCGACCACCAUGGUCACGUGUGUAUAUCGUUUGAGCUGCUGGGGCUCAGUACCUAUGACUACCUGAAGGAGAACAACUUCCAGCCGUUCCCUGUAGAACACAUCAGAAUCAUGGCCUACCAGAUCAUCCGAGCCGUACGAUGUGAGUAGUUACCAUAGAAUUACACAUUAGAACAUAUUAGAAUAGUUAUUUAAUAGGAUCUCUGUGGUAGUAACCACCACCCACACUGGAUAAGAGCAAUACUACAUCUCAACUAAAAGGUUAUUGUUUGUGUCCCAAAUGGCACCCUGUUCUCAAUAUAAUACAAAGUAUUUAAUUUUGAGGGGAAUACGUCACCAUUUGGGAGGCAGACACUGUAAAUGAAAAGUUGUUGGGUUAUAGUGGUGACUUCACAGUGUAUUCAAUUGUACAAAUGACCUAAUAGAAUGAAGGGUUGUCUACUCUCCUGCCUGUGUUGACUGUGUUCUCCCUGGUUGCUGUUUGUUUCAGUCCUGCAUAAGAACAAGCUGACACACACUGACCUGAAGCCCGAGAACAUUCUGUUUGUGGACUCAGAGUACGACAUCGAGUACAACGCCAAAAUGGUACGAGUCUGUUACCUACCCACUCUCCCACAUUUAUCUGUGCUGACAGACGAUCUGUGAUUUGGUUGUGUGUAAGCCUUAUUUGUACUGUCUGACUCUUUCAAAUGAAUAUUUGUCAUGACUCAUCUCUGCCCUACAGAAGCGCGACGAGAGGACGUUGAAGAACCCGGACGUGAAGGUGGUUGAUUUUGGCAACGCCACAUAUGAACACAACCACCACACCUCCGUGGUGUCCACACGCCACUACCGAGCUCCAGAGGUCAUUCUGGGUAAGACACACACUCUGCCUCAAUGCUAAUUCAUGAUAUUACUGAUAUUAUGUGAUAAAGCUGCUUAUUGCCAUUGUCUGAUGAAAACCUUAUCUCAAACAAACUUUCAGGAAAUUGAAAAAAGUACCAUAUUUUCCCAUUAACAAACAUACAAUUAUAAAACUUCAGAAGCUAUUUGUGAUACAUGUUCUUGGUCCUAGAGUGCUGAAAUGUUCAGAGUACAUUAAGGGGAGUUACUGAUUUCAAUAAAUGUACAAAAAUGAAAAUUAGGAAAAACGGAGUUACAGGGUUUUCAUCAGAUAGCGACGUUAUACGGACGUGGGCUGCAUCCAGGUGGCAUAUGGUGCCAUUUGGGAUGCAUCCUUGUUUCUCUGCUGGUGUAAUGCUUCUCUCUCUGUAGAUCUGGGCUGGGACCAUGCCUGUGAUGUGUGGAGUCUGGGUUGUAUCCUCAUAGAAUACUACCUGGGAUCAACUCUCUUCCAGGUGGGGGACUGUCUGCUAUCGACAAUAUCAUCAUACUAAUAAUGCCUCCUAAAUCAUGCAUUCAUCUCAAGCUGUUCAGGCUUCUUUGUAUGCAUGGGUAGAUCACAGGGUUUUUUUCUGCAUAUAAAAGUUUGGCCGGGCCUCCGAAGUGUUAUUUUGGGUCGCCUAAGUCCGCACAGUAAAACAUUUUAAUAUUUUAAAAUAAUUUUUGGUAUGGAAAGACAUUUUCAGUGUAAACUUGAAACGACUAAAACCAGAUAUAGAGUAUGUAGACCUAUAUAUUUUUUAAAUAAGAUCAUCUUUGAGAACUAAUAAUCACCAAAAUAUAAGCUAGACAGUCAGGGAGAAUCAAAAAUUCAAAAAAUGAUACCUUCAGGACUCUUUUUGUCAUGGCAUGGGGCCCCCAUUGAUUUUGUUAUGUUUAAGUCACUCAGAUAGCAUAAGAACACAGCAUAAGCCAUGGCAAAAUGUGUAGAAUUACAGGAAAUUAGAUUUAGAACAGCAACAUUUUGCUACCGCUGCCAAGAGGGUAAAAUAUUUUUAUGCCGGAGCCACUGCAACGCCGCCCACCACCAAAGCCCCAUUUUGAUCCAGAAAAAAACACCCUUGAUCAGUGUGUCCUGGGUGUAACUUUAGACUCAUCUCCAUGUCACUCUUGUGUUCUCUCCUCCAGACCCAUGACAGUAAAGAACACCUGGCUAUGAUGGAGAGGGUCCUGGGCCCAAUACCGGUACACCUCCUGCAGAAAACCAAGAAGCGGCGGUACGUCCAUCGGUACCAGCUGGACUGGGAUGCACUCAGCUCCUCUGGGAGAUACGUGAGGAAACACUGCAAACCACUCAAGGUAAGGAGGGCCUUUAGCAAUAUGGGGCAACCUAUUUUGUAUCACAAUUCAUGUAAUGGAACUGACCUUAUAGAUACAUUUACAUAAUUUAGCAGUGAGAUAAAGACAUCUGAAUCACAGUGUUGUUGUCUGAUCAUCUGCUCUCUCUCCUCCACCACUUCCAUCCCCUCUCUCUCCUCAGCAAUACAUGAUGGUCCAGAGCUUGGACCACGACCAGCUGUUUGACCUGAUCCGGAAGAUGCUGGAGUACGACCCGGCUAAACGCCUCUCCCUGGACCAGGCUCUCAGACACCCCUUCUUCACCUGCCUACGCAAGGCCACCAAGAAAUGACCUUUAACCCCAGCCUUGACCACAACCUGACUCUGCCCUGUCAUCGUGACAAUCAUCACAACCGUUGUGGCCGUGACCAUCACCAUGACAACUAUGAUGAUUGACUAUGAUGACAACUAUGAUGAUUGACGAUCGUCAUGGCCUUACUUUCUGACUCUCCGGGAGAGAUUGUUUACCUCUGGCUGUAUCAGUCCGCCCAUGUGGCUUUGUAGUCCAUUGCUGUCAUGCUAGUUAGUGUUAAUGUAUUAUGAGUUGUAGCAUGUAGUAUCAACCUGGUUCACUGAUGAAGCUGGUGCAUUAUUCUUUGGGCUGUCAGACUUUAAUCAGUUAACUCCAGUUAACUUUGUUUUUUAAUCGUGAUUUAUCGCAUUAUCUGAAAGCUUUCCAAAUAUACUGAAAACAUCCCAAAUACAUAAUCUAUUCAGCUAAAAACAAGUUGACAUUGAGGUUAAAGAAAGUGUAUUUUUUUCAAUUUACCUAAUUGUGCUAACCGUUAGACAAAAUCAAGAUGUCAAUAUUCUCGAAAUGUUUUUGUAUAAAAAAUCUUAAAUUACAGCUUAAUUUGAGCAAAUUCAGAAUUUGCGAUUAAUCGCAAUUAAUCAAAGCAAAUCCUGUAAUUCACUCGAUUACAUUUUAGAAUUGUUUGACAGCCC